AUGAGCUCGCUGUUCGCUAGCCUCCCGUCGGCGGCGGUGCGCAACCACGGCCGCAGCACGGCGCUCGUGAGUACCGCAGGAAGCGGCAGUGAGCGUUCAUUGCAGUGGGUCUAUGAUGACGAGACCAGCAAUUGUAUGCACUGCAACACGCCCUUCACGAUGAUCACGCGCAAGCACCACUGCCGACGCUGCGGCAACGUCGUGUGCCAGAACUGCUCGCCGCAUAAGCGCCGCAUCUCGUCCACGGAUCCCUUUCCCAUGCGGGUUUGCAACACUUGUUACGCUGCAGUUGACGAACACUUUGCAUCAUUGGAAUGGUCUGGACAUUCUUCCUCAGAGAUCCAAAGCAAACCAGACCCCGUGAUCGAAGGCCGCGUGCAUAUCGGACAGCUGUACGUGAAGGUGGUCGAGGCUAUUGGACUGCCAUCAACCGACUCGAUCACGAGUGAUCCGUUCGUACGGGUCAUGCUAACAGGCAAGUGGUCUCACGGUCAGGAGUGGGGAAAUGACUUGAAGAACAUCAAGUGCACGAAGAAGAAAUCACGCACGCUCAAUCCGCGUUGGCACGAGACGUUCGUGUUCAACGUAUGUGCACCAGGAGCCGAGUUGUUGCUAGAAGUGUACAACCAUGGCCAAUUGAGUCAACCGACGAAGCUGGGCGAGGCAACGAUCCCGCUCUCGCAGAUUAUGGACCAGCGACGACAUAACAAGUGGCUGGAUCUAUUAAUGCCGGAGAAGCUCCAUCGCGCAGGCCUCAACAAUGACGCUCGAGCGGGUCGUAUCCACGUCUUACUGCACUACAAGUUCUCACGGAUGGCUGAAUUUUGCAGCUACUUCUCAGCUGAACAGGACUAUGUAUACGAGUGGCCAGAAUUCCAAGCAGCACAACUGUAUAGCAACUUUUGGGUGCUGCUGGACAAUCUCUGGCCGUAUUUGGAGGUGAUUUGGCAAAUUCUGCCGACACUCAACUGGGAGCAUCCGACGCACUCGUUCAUGUGCUUCGCGCUCUGUGUGUGGCUGUGCCUGUCUCUACAGUGGCUACCAGUGGUCAUCCAUCUCGCGCUUAUUGCGUUCGUAUUGCGCAAUUACUUCGAGCUGAACUUCCACUCGUUCGCCACGUCGAAUGACGGCAAAGAUCAUCCGAAUCUGGACAAUGACAUGAGCAAUGGCUCAUUCCGACAGUACAAUUUGCCGUCGGGCUUCAAUCACCUGAUGAACAAGAUGACCCACGUUACUAUCGAUCAGGAGACCAAGAGAACGCUGCAGUCCGUACAGAACAACAUGGCUUGGUGGUCGAGCAUCAUCAACAACCUCGAGCUCAUGUUUUCGUGGGAGGACACGUUCUACACGGCACGUAUACUGCUCUACCUCAUUGUGAGUUGUGUGCUGCACAUUUUGAUCCCCAACAAGUACCUACUGCUGGCGUUCGUGGUGUACCUCUUUAUCCAGUGGACUGUACCAUUCAUGUGGUUCACGCACUUCAUCUACGCUAUCCGCCAGUCCAUCCGCUCUUUGGUGCAUCAACACCGUCUUAGGAGCUCCAUGGCGCAGGCGGAUCUCAGCGCUCGACUGCCUGGUGUUGGAUUGGGAGGAGGUCUCACCAUGAACGAUCAACCGCGACCUAUGCGUCGCACGGUCUCCAAUGCCAGCGCUCGUGCUCACGCGCGAGUGUCUAAGAAAGAAGAGGCGUUCGGUGCUGCAGCCUCGGCGAUCUCGGAAAGGUUCGUCGUCUCUGGCGAGCCAGCACUGCGCAAGCGGCAGUGA